AUGCGAAGUAUUGUGAGGUCUCUCCUGUUUAACUCAAGAAAAAACGUGAAAGCUAAUGUAAACAAGAUUGUCUCAGUCCUUAACGACAUUACAAAAGAAAGAUUAAUCGUCCAAGGGGCCAUUCUUCAUGGGCAUUUGAUAAAAACAGGCAUUUCAUCUCAGAAACACAUUGCCGUUAAAUUGCUUAUUAUGUACCUUAAAUCCGGAAAAUCAAAGGAAAUUGAUCAGAUGCUGAAGGAGUUUGAUGGGUUCAAUUUAGUUGUGCAUAAUUGUCUGAUUACUGUGAAUCUUGAGUGGGGAAAGUUGGACGAAGCUCGUCGACUGUUUGACGAAAUGCCUGACAGAAAUGAAGUUUCUUGGACUGCUAUAAUUUCGGGGUUUAUGAGGUUUGGAAGAGUUGAUGAGGCUAUUUUCUACUUUGAGAGAAACCCAUUUCAGACUCUGUUUGCGUGGACUGCAACUAUAAGUGGGCUUGUUCAAAAUGGGUUGAGUUUUAAAGCUAUGAAGCUGUUUGUAGAGAUGCUUCAAUCUGGAGUAAUGCCCAAUAAUGUCACUUUCACUUCUGUCAUUAGAGCGUGCGGAGAGUUGAGUGAUUUUUAUUUGGGAGCGUGUGUAUUGGGUUUGAUUGUUAAGGUUGGUUUUGAACAUGAUUUGUCAGUUUCGAAUUCUUUGAUCACUUUUAACUUGAGAUUGAAUGAUACUGUUUCAGCAAGGAGAAUUUUUGAUAGGAUGCAGGGUAGAGAUGUCGUUUCUUGGACCGCAAUUUUAGACAUGUAUGUUCAGAAGGGAGACUUAACUGAAGCUCGUCGUGUCUUUGAUGAGAUGCCAGAAAGAAAUGAAGUUUCUUGGAGUACAAUGAUCUCGAGGUACAGUCAGAGUGGUGAUGCAGAAGCGGCGGUGAAUCUCUUCCAUUGCAUGGUCCAACAGGGGUAUAAACCGAAUAAGUCGUGUUUAGCAAGCGUAGUAAGUGCAUUGUCGAGCCUUGAAGCUUUGAUAACGGGAAGGAUUGUUCAUGGACAUAUUUUAAAAAUUGGGAUUGAAAAAGAUGCUUUCAUUGGUAGCUCACUGGUUGACCUGUACUGCAAAUGUGGAAGCUCUAAGGAUGGACGUGUAGCAUUUGACUCGAUAUUGGAGAAGAACGUUGUUUGUUGGAAUUCAAUGGUCAGUGGUUAUAGCCUCAAUAACCAACUUGAAGAAGCUAAGGAGCUAUUUGACAAGAUACCCCAAAAAAAUAGUAUCUCAUGGAAUUCGCUAAUGACAGGUUAUUUAGAGUAUGAAAAAUUUGAUGAGGUUUUUGAAGGUUUCAGUGACAUGCUUCUGUCUGGAGAACAACCAAAUAAAUCUACUUUCUCUAGUGUUUUAUGUGCUUGUGCGAGCUUAGCUUCAUUAGAAAGGGGCAAGAACUUGCAUGGUAAGGUCAUUAAACUUGGCUUUCACUCGGACGUUUUCGUGGACACUGCCCUUCUAGAUAUGUAUGCCAAAUCGGGUAAUGUUGAAAGCUCUAAGAAAAUCUUCAAAAGGAUGCCCAAACGUAACGAGAUUUCCUGGACAGCUAUGAUUCAAGGGCUUGCAGAAAACGGCUUUGCAGACGAAGCACUUACUGUAUUUGAAGAAUUUGAAUGGACGAAGUCCAUUGCGCCUAAUGAGCUUAUUCUUUUAGCAGUUUUAUUUGCUUGUUCCCACUGUGGUCUUGUAGACAAAGGACUCCAUUACUUCAAUUCAAUGGAAAAGGUCUAUAAUAUACAACCGAAUGCUAGACAUUAUACCUGUGUAGUGGACAUGCUGUCUCGUUCAGGACGCCUUUCUGAAGCAGAGAAGUUCAUCUUGGACAUGCCUUGUGAACCAGAAGUUCAAGCCUGGGCAGCUCUCUUAAGUGGUUGCAAAACAUACAGAAAUGAGAGGAUGACAGAAAGGGUGGCGAAAAAGAUUUCAGAGCUAGCUGAAAAGCAUCCCGAAGGAUAUGUGUUGCUGUCAAAUGUUUAUGCUUCGGCUGGAAGAUGGUUGGAUGUCUUACACACAAGAAAAGAAAUGAAGGAAAAAGGACUGAAGAAAAGCGGGGGAUGUAGUUGGAUUGAAGUGAGAAACCAACUCCAUUCAUUUUAUUCCCAGGAUGGUUCUCACAAUGAGUCAACAGAGAUUUACGAGGUUUUGGAACUACUGAGAUCAGAAAUGCAGCUUAUAUAG